AUGUCGACUAAAAAGCAAAUAGUCUCAUCACCGGAGACAACACAACAGAUGAUGGUGGAUGAAAUAGUCUUGAAACAGAAACAAAUGGGAUUACUUAACAGCCAAUCUUCUUCGACAAAAAUAGAGAAGUCUUCUAAAAUCGAAAAAACUGAAAAGCCUCCAAAAGCUUCAAAACCAAAAAAAGAAACUUCAGAUAAAAAGACCAGCAAAAAGUCUUCAAAAGAACAAAAGAAAGUCAACGCCCAACUCUCCAAUAUCGUCGCAGAAAUGAAAGACUCAACUCCAAAAAAUUCUUCGUUACGUCCUAAAACACUUCUCUCACCUAAAAAAGACGACGUCCCCCCUUUGAAAUUAGAGGAAAGGUCGCCUACUACUUCCCCAAUUACAACUCCUUUAAAACUUAUUCCACUCAAAGAAGAACCAAAAUCAGAACUCGACUCACAGUCGUGUCCAACACAUACUGAACAUUCACAACACCAAACUUGGGUUGCGCCAACACAUCAACAACACUCUUCUCCUCAAUCACUCCCAGUGUCAAUUGUUAAUUCACCAGUGACAACACCGAUAAAUCAAUCACCCACUCGCGCGGGCAUUCAAUGCGAUAACACAAAGUUUUCCACAAAAAAAACUAAGAGGGUGUGUCAAAGUCAGUUAUAUAUGGAAUCGCCUCGAUUCGAUUCUAACACGUCCCUCAUUGCGAAGAUCGCACAACUCGAAGACAUCUGCAAGAAGCUCAAGGAAGUUGCGAAAAAGCAACAAGAGAUUAUUGACAACAUUUCAUCCGAACUCCGACAUUAA